GGGGUGCAUUGUUCUGAAUAUCUCAUUUGUUUUUGAACGCUUAAACGGAAAAGGAGAGUGAAGAUUGCACGACUUUUUUUUUUUUAAAAGGUUUUUUAAAAAACUCCAGCAAUUGUAGUAAACACUAAUUACCAUGGAUCUCCGUGCUGUUCACCGUAAUGCAGAGAACCCUGCACUUGUUGGUGGCAAGGCUGGGGCUGCAAAUGUUGCUGUAAGGAGGGCUGUCCUGGGUGAACUGUCCAACUUUGCUGCCAAACCUGCAAAGACAACGGGUGUUAAGCCAGCAGUUCAGCCAGCUGCUGUGCAGCCUAAACGUGUUCCAGUUGUACCAGAGGCCCUUCCUCCUGCUCCAGCUCCAGUCGUUCCUCCAGUUCAGGCUGAUGUCUCCAUGAAAGAGGAAGAUGACCUGUGCCAAGCCUUUUCUGAUGCCCUGUGUCCCAUCGAGGACAUUGAUGGAGGUGAUGCAGAAAUCCCACAGUUGUGCUCCGAAUAUGUAAAGGACAUUUAUGUGUACCUGCGUAGCCUUGAGACCCAGCAGGCAAUCCGGCCAAGGUACAUGGACGGUUAUGAGAUCAACGAGCGCAUGCGUGCUCUUCUGAUUGACUGGCUCAUUCAAGUGCACUCAAGGUUCCAGCUGCUCCAGGAGACUUUGUACAUGACCAUAGCCAUCCUUGAUCGGUUUCUCCAGGCCCAACCAGUUUCUCGAAGGAAGCUGCAGCUGGUCGGAGUCACUGCAAUGUUGCUCGCCUCAAAGUAUGAAGAAAUGUAUGUCCCAGAGGUCGGAGACUUUGCUUACAUCACAGACAACGCCUUCACUAAACCCCAGAUUCGAGAAAUGGAGAUGCUGGUUCUCAGAGAGCUGAACUUUGAGCUUGGACGCCCACUGCCCCUUCACUUCCUCAGGAGGGCAUCAAAAGCUGGAAAUGCUGAUGCAGAGAAGCACACCCUCGCUAAAUAUUUUCUUGAGCUGACCCUGUUGGACUAUGAUAUGGUACAUUACCAUCCAUCAGAAACUGGUGCAGCUGCCCUGUGCCUCUCUCAGCUUGUGCUUGAUGGACAGAAAUGGUCUCUGACACAGGAGUACUACACCACCUACAGUGAGACCCAUCUGAAGCCCAUAAUGAGACACAUGGCCAAAAAUGUAGUCAAGAUUAAUGAGGGACUCACUAAAUAUGUGGCUGUGAAGAAAAAGUACUCAAGCAGCAGGCUAAUGAAGGUCAGCACGUUUCCUCAGCUGAAGUCUGCGCUGUUGAAGGACCUCGCUGCCCCUCUGCUCACCGCUUGAGCGUUUCACAGAUAAUCAACACUGCCGAUCUGCACUUUAUUCCUGAUCAGCCAUUGGAAAUGGACUGCUGCUUUAAGGAUUCUUAUGUGUAUAUAUGUGCAAAUUAAUUACAGGAUUUUUACUUUUUUGUUUUUUUAAUGAACAUGUACCACUUACAAUUCAAGUUCAUUCUUUUAAGUAAUUUUACUGCUCAUUUUUGACCUUUUUAGAUGUUCUUGAGCUGAAUUUUCUGACGUGAAUUGAUGGAACGUUUCAAUAAAAGUCCAAAGAUGUUCUAACUGGCUACAAAUUGUUUGGGAAAACGUGUAUAAAUUAGUAAUGGGGCUUGUGAUAGCAGUGUCCAGUCUUAUCUUUAAAGGACUGUUUAUUCUAAACAAGCGGGAACCAGAUGAUUCCUCCUGUUUCAGUUGAUCUUGGAAUUCAUACUCAGGUGUGGCUUCUGCUUGGAUGGAAUAAAAGCCUGCAUCCACACUGGACCUCCCUCUGGAUAAGCUUUGGAUACUCCUGGCAUAGAACCUAAUAGUUUGUAUUCUUCAGUGGCUGUUAAAAUACUAGUCCCUGAUUCU